AUGAUUUUGAAGUCCGAAGGCUCCGCAGAGGGACACACGGAACACGAAGUUUAUCAUAAGGAGCGUGGAAAGGAGCCUGAGGAGGACGGAUACCGGCGCGCUGGGAGGGAAGGGACGCCUUCCGGGGAGGACCAUUACAUGGACUGCCGGCUGGACAUGGACGCUCUGGAGCGCCGGACGGAGGACGGUCGCGGUGCAGACACUGCACACCUAGGACACGGAUAG